GACGGAGACAGACCUCAGCUCAGUCCUGCGGCUCCCAUUGGCUGGCAGUUUGUACAAAAUCCAACUCAAACCACUUCACUCACAACACACCAACAAAUCCUAAGGCGUACAUGCAGCCUCCUCCAUCACUCUGCCGCUGUCGCACCGCUUCGAAACCUGAUGCAGGCGCUCAACAUUUAACUUUUAUCAGCACUGUUGUUCCUGUUGUUCCACUGAAGACGGCGGCUGCCACUGCGUUUGGUUGGUUUUGUGCGUUUUUAUUCGCCAGGACGUUGCUGAUUUGUGCUGAGUUUUAUUAUUAUUUCUCCUGGUGGAAACCAAGACAAAGAACUUUCCACUCGUCAACACCGGGGUGCUCGCGAUAACACGGACCACGCGGCGGACAGAGGACAUCCAGUCUCAUCUUGGGAGCUCCAUCAAUUUUCAAAAUUUUCUCCAACUUCAGCCCUCAGACAAACAUUAGCAUGAUGUCGUAUCUAAAGCAACCACCUUACACAGUCAAUGGACUCAGCUUAACCACUUCCGGAAUGGACCUAUUGCAUCCAUCAGUGGGCUAUCCAGCAACGCCGAGAAAGCAAAGGCGAGAAAGGACUACUUUUACGCGCGCUCAGCUCGACGUCUUGGAGGCGUUGUUUGCCAAAACUCGGUAUCCGGAUAUAUUCAUGCGCGAAGAGGUGGCGCUGAAAAUCAAUCUACCUGAGUCCCGUGUACAGGUUUGGUUUAAGAACCGGCGGGCGAAAUGCCGCCAGCAACAGCAGCAGCAGCAGAACGGGGGCCAGAAUAAGGUGCGACCUGCCAAAAAGAAAAGUUCUCCAACCAGAGAAGUGAGCUCAGAGAGCGGGGCCAGCGGCCAGUUUACGCCCCCCACCAGCACCACCACAGUCCCCGCCAUCUCCACCAGCACCGCCCCAGUAUCCAUCUGGAGCCCCGCGUCCAUCUCUCCGCUGUCAGACCCCCUGUCUACCUCUUCCUCCUGCAUGCAGAGGUCCUAUCCCAUGACAUACACCCAGGCCUCGGGCUACAGCCAGGGCUACGCCGGCUCGACGUCCUACUUCAGCGGUAUGGACUGCGGCUCUUACCUCACUCCCAUGCACCACCAGUUGUCAGGCCCCGGCUCGACUCUCAGUCCGAUGAGCACAAACGCAGUCACAAGCCAUCUGAACCAGUCCCCGGCGUCCCUGUCCACCCAGGGCUACGGGACGUCCGGCCUGGGCUUCAACUCCACAGCAGACUGCCUGGAUUAUAAGGACCAAGCGGCGUCGUGGAAGCUGAACUUCAAUGCCGAUUGCUUGGAUUAUAAGGAUCAAACUUCCUCGUGGAAAUUUCAGGUCCUGUGAACAGAGCAAUCACCUGUGAAAAAAGUGCACAAACAGUGACGAUCACAUCAGACACAUUGCUGCCAUCCCUCAGUAAAACACAUUAGACUGGUUAAAUGUGAGCUCGGCGAGACAGGGCUCUCAGGGGCCACGGUUGUUUUUUUGUUUUGUUUUGUUUUUUCAUAAUGGUCUCCAGUCCUCUUAGAGGAGAGGUUUAAUUUAUUUUAGCACUGGCAAAGAGAUUUUUUUUUUCUGUUUUAUCACAGGUUGUAGCCCCUCAUCCAUGUCUGUCAGUGUGUGCCUCUAUGCGUAAAAACACCUGUUGAGGAAAAAAAAAACCAGAAUGCACUCUCAAAGAAAAGUCCAACCACAGCCACGGAAUUAAAGUUUAUCCAAGAACAAAACUCAAGAUAAUUCCUCUGGUGAGGUUUCUCGGGAUGGACAGACCUCCUUUAAGCUUCUUACACAACUUUGCCGCCCUGCAGGCAGAGAGACACGGUGAUGAGGAUGGUGUGUGGACAUGGAUGCACUACUUUAUUUAAGAAAAAAAAAGUGUUUAUAAGGAAUCAAUAUGUAGUUUCUAAGAGACAAUCAGUGUGUGUCUUAUAUAAAUGGUACAUAUGUGUUUUUUUUAUCUGUGCUAGCCUUCGAAACUGUGAUCUGUUGUAUUGUAUGCAAUUUGUGAGCCCCCCUCGCAUCAGACACUCUGCUGUGAUUUUAAUAGAUUUCUAACUUUUUUGAACAACCACAGAUGCUAAUGGUUAAAAUUCUGGCAUCGUAAAGACAGACGAGACUUUCCAAGCACACGGUAGAAAUAAUCCAGGGUUAGCCAUACUGGAAAAGACUCUCGGCUGCUGAGAGCUCCACACUUGCUCCCCUCCAUUGAUCUCAACACACGGUGAUUGUGGAUCCUUACUGGCUCCAAAGAUGGUGUGACCUCACCGCUGAAAAGACAUGAAUAAAGGUCCUGUGAGCUUA